AUGCCAUCGAGACCAGGAUUCAAGGGCUCCAGUUCAGCGAGAUACGUGAAAAAUGAAACCCGUAGUGGUGGUAGAUACAAGACAACAGAAUAUAGAGCCAGACCACAAGGCGCACUGGCAUCAUCUGCUACUCCAGUUGAUCCAUAUGUUGCCAAUAACCCUAUGCUCAAUGAAUCCAUACAGAAAAAAGAACUCGUGUCACGAAUAGACCAGAUUGACUCCCUUAUGGGAUUUGAACGAUUUGAACACGGUGAAAACGAUGGGAAUAAGCCUAGAAAAGGUUGGUUGAUCAAUUUGCAUGCAACAACCAUACCUAGUGAUAAUUACUUAACUGGUUAUUCUGGUGUGGAUUACUAUUUCCUUGAUGAAGAAGGAGGAAGUUUUAAAGCAACAUUGCAGUAUGACCCAUAUUUCUUUGUCGAUAUACUUAGUGCCGAUUACGCAUCAGAGAUUGAAGAGUGGAUGAGAAGGUUUUUGGAAACUUGUAAAGUGAAAAGCUUUGAUAGAGUAGUGAAGGAAGAUUUGUCCUUACCAAACCAUUUGGUUGGACUCAAAAAGAGUUUAAUCAAGUUGACAUUCCACAAUAUACAAGACCUCUUAAUGGCAAGACGAUUGUUGACCCCGAUAAUCAAAGAAAAUCAGAUGAACAAAGAGUCGAGAGAUAUGUUCAACUUCAAUAUGGACAUCGAUGCUUCUGACCCACUGAAACUUUUGAGCGAUAUAAAGGAAUACGACGUGCCAUACCAUGUUCGAGUGGCUAUUGACAAACAAAUCAGAGUUGGAAAAUGGUAUAAUGUAUUUGCCAAACAUGGCAAAGUUGAAUUUGUUGAAGAUAAAGAACUCAUUGCAUUUGCUGACCCGGUAGUGUUGGCAUUCGAUAUAGAAACAACAAAGGCACCUCUCAAAUUCCCCGAUGCCAAAAUUGACCAAGUCAUGAUGAUUUCAUAUAUGAUUGAUGGUGAAGGUUUUCUCAUUACCAACAGAGAGAUUAUUUCUGAAGACAUUGCAGACUUUGAGUAUACUCCAAAGCCAGAGUACCCCGGUCUUUUCACUAUAUUUAACGAACCAGACGAGAAACACGUGUUGCUCCGGUUCUUUGAACAUAUAAGAGACGUUAGACCUACAGUGAUUGCUACAUUUAAUGGUGAUUUCUUUGAUUGGCCAUUUGUUGAAAAUAGAUCUAGAUUCCAUGAUAUUGAUAUGUUUGAUGAAAUUGGAUUUGCCAAGGAUAACGAAGGCGAAUACAAGUCCAAAUACUGUGUGCACAUGGAUUGUUUCAGAUGGGUCAAGAGGGAUUCCUAUUUGCCGCAAGGUUCACAAGGUUUGAAAGCAGUCACUACGGCAAAGUUGGGAUAUAACCCAACGGAAUUGGACCCAGAGUUGAUGACACCUUAUGCAUAUGAAAAACCACAAUUGUUGGCAGAGUACUCGGUUUCCGAUGCAGUGGCAACUUACUACUUAUACUACAAAUACGUGCAUCCUUUCAUUUUUUCUCUUUGUACAAUCAUUCCGUUGAAUCCAGAUGAGGUUUUGCGGAAAGGUACAGGUACAUUAUGUGAAAUGUUGCUCUCCGUGCAGGCAUACGAGGGAAAUAUAUUACUUCCCAACAAACAUUCUGAUCCUAUAGAGAGGUUUUAUGAUGGCCAUUUGUUGGAAUCGGAGACUUAUGUUGGUGGACACGUGGAAUCAUUGGAAGCUGGCGUGUUUCGAAGUGAUAUCCCAACUCACUUUAAAAUAGACCCCAAUGCAAUUGAUGAAUUAUUAGGGAACUUGCACAAGUCGAUCAAAUUUUGCAUUGAGGUGGAAAACAACAAGAAGAUGGAAGAGGUGGAAAACUUUGACGAGGUUUAUUCACAAAUCGAGGCCGCAUUGACAGAAUUGAAACAAAACCCAGCGAGAAACGAGAAACCGCUUAUUUACCAUGUAGAUGUGGCAUCAAUGUAUCCGAAUAUAAUGACGUCGAAUAGACUUCAGCCGGAUUCGAUGAAGUCUGAGGAAGAUUGUGCAGCAUGCGAUUUUAAUCGACCAGGCAAAAAUUGUGAUAGACGAUUACCUUGGUCAUGGAGAGGUGAAUAUUACCCAGCAGAAAUGAACGAGUAUAAUAUGAUCAAACGAACUUUACAAAAUGAAGAAUUUCCACCGCAAAAACCAUGGUUACCUCCAAGAACCUUUGAUGAACUUUCUUAUGCCGAGCAGGCCUCAGCUAUCAAAAAGAGAAUCAGUGAUUAUUCAAGGAAAGUGUACCACAGAGUCAAACAAAGUAAAGUUGUUACUCGUGAAGCCAUAAUUUGUCAAAGAGAAAACCCAUUUUAUGUUGAUACUGUUAGAAGCUUUAGAGAUAGAAGAUAUGAAUUUAAAGGUUUGGCAAAAGUGUGGAAGGGGAAAGCCAACAAGAUCAGCAAGAGCAAUACCAUUGCCAGAGACGAGGCCAACAAGAUGGUUGUCUUGUAUGACUCGUUGCAACUUGCCCAUAAAGUCAUUUUGAAUUCAUUUUAUGGUUAUGUUAUGAGAAAGGGUUCGAGAUGGUACUCGAUGGAAAUGGCCGGAAUCACAUGUCUUACUGGUGCUACUAUUAUUCAAAUGGCAAGGAAAUUGGUUGAAAGGAUUGGUAGACCAUUGGAGUUGGAUACCGAUGGUAUUUGGUGUAUCUUACCCCAAAGUUUCCCAGAGAAUUUCAGUCUCAAAUGUAAAGAUGGCAAGAAAAUUUUGCUUGAGUACCCCUGUUCAAUGUUGAAUUAUUUAGUUCACAAGGAUUUCACAAAUGAUCAAUAUCAAACAUUGGUUGAUCCUGAAACGUUUAAAUACGAAACAAGGUCAGAUAAUUCAAUCUUUUUUGAAGUUGAUGGACCAUACAAAGCUAUGAUCUUGCCCACAUCAAAAGAGGAAGGUAAAGGGUUGAAGAAAAGGUAUGCUGUGUUCAAUGACGAUGGUUCUCUUGCCGAGUUGAAAGGAUUUGAGUUGAAAAGAAGAGGUGAGUUGCAGUUGAUUAAGAACUUUCAAUCAGACAUUUUCAAGUUAUUUUUGGAAGGCGAUAGUUUGGAAACUUGUUACCAAGCAGUUGCUUCUGUUGCAAAUAACUGGUUAGAUGUCUUGGACACAAAGGGAGGUAUGCUUGAAGAUGAAGACUUGAUUGAGCUUAUUUGUGAGAAUAGAAGUAUGUCGAAAAGUUUGGCAGAAUAUGGUGAUCAAAAAUCAACUUCGAUUACAACUGCCAAAAGGUUGGGUGAAUUUUUGGGGGAGGAGAUGGUCAAGGAUGCAGGAUUAGCGACAAAGUACAUUAUUAGUGCCAAGCCUAUAGGUGCUCCAGUUACUGAAAGGGCUAUUCCUGUUUCAAUUUUUUCAUCGGAGAAAAAAGAAAUCUUUAUGAAAAAAUGGAUGAAGGACCCGUCAAUGACCAAGUUCAGUCCCAAAGAUGUAAUUGAUUGGGACUACUAUUAUGAGAGAUUAGCUUCUGUUGUACAAAAAAUCAUCACCAUUCCUGCUGCAUUGCAAAAUGUGAAAAACCCAGUGCCAAGAGUUCCUCAUCCGGAUUGGUUGAAAAAGAGAAUAGAUAACCAGGGCAGCUCGAAACAACAGAGUUCAAUUGCCAAAUUCUUUAACGCUGGCACAAAGGACGAAAGUAAGGUGAGGGAUAUUGAAGAUUUUGGUGGUCUUGAUACUGAAUCCAUAAGGACAAACUUGGACAACUUGAGAAAAAAGAGAAAAGCAAGAAAUGCGAGCCUGGUUCAAGAGAUGGAAGAGAGGGAAGAGAGAAAUCAAGCUCUUUUGAAUGGCUCUUGUCCAUCUAUCGCUGAUGAUUAUACUGGUUUUUUGCAAUACCAAAAGGCCAAGUGGUCUCUACAGGCUUCGGGAAGAGAACGGAAAAGGAAAUUAUUUGGCUCACAAGCACAAAGUUCUCAAAGGUCAACUGUUGGUGGCAUGUUUAAAAAGCAAGCAGAAAAUGUUGCCGGCACAGAUUGGGAAAUUUUGGAAUACAAGGAAGAUCCAAUGAAACCGGGUGAUUUGAAAGUUUAUGUUUCUGCAGCAGAGAAAAUUCAUACGUUUACUUUUCAUGUCCCAAAAAAAGUUUUUGCUUCAUUCAAGACACCGCUUUCAUCUAGGCAAAGUAUACCUGGUUGUAUUAUUGAAAAAUCCACCGCCAUUUUGCCCAACGGACACGAUGGUAGCAAUUUGUACAAAUUGACAAUGCCACAAUCCGAAUACCAAGAUCAGAUUUCUAAUGUAGAAAGUUUAUUGCAAAGCUCAAAUACUUUGGGGAUCUACGAAGGAGAAGUAUCUCCCAUCCAGAGAGCUGUGUUGGAAUUGGGUCAUACGGUAAAGUUUGAUGAUACUAAAGUUGGUGCACUUGGAAGAGGAUUGAAGAAUGGUUUUGAUACCAAGGAUUUGAUCAAGGUACAUGGUGAUAAUUAUUUGAAAAGAUUCGACAUGGAUAUUGUGUAUCUCCUACACAUUGUUACCAAUAGUUAUGAGUACUUUACUCUUUUCAAGUCUUGGGAAAAUCACUGUAUAAUGUUUGUGUUGAAACCAUCUGCAAAUGCACAAGAGUUGCCGAAUAGUUUUCAUAAAAUUUAUCAAGAACUAUAUGCUGGUAAAAGUGAGAAACUAAAAAAAUCACAAAGAAUAAUUGAGUACCCACCAAAGAUUACAUUUGAAGCAUUGUACUAUCACGAUAAGCUUAAACUUUUCAAGAAGUUGAAUCAAGCAAUUGGAAAAUUGCAUGAGAGUAGAAGUGCUAAGGCUUUAUUUGCGAUCCAGUCUCCGUAUGCUGAUAGAGUUUUGAACGGAUUGAGUUCGACAUUUGAUUUCCCCACAGUAAAGAUGGCAGUGAAUGAACUCUCGCUUCCAGCAGUGGGCUGGCAAGUAUUGAUUUCGAAAAGAGUGAUUAAUCAUUAUUUUGUUCUUGGCUCAUGGUUGCAAAACUUGAUUGCACUUUCUAGAUACGGUGGAGUUCCUUUGUGUAAUUUGCAAAUUGAGAAUAUGAGUUAUUUAAUCGAUGUCGAAUAUGCGAGAAGGCUUAUAGAAAAUAACAUUGUUUUAUGGUGGUCUCCAAACCCCUUACCAGAUCAUGGAGGUUUUGAAAAUGACAAGCCCAUAAAUUCCGAGAGUUUAAAAUUUCCCGUUAUCAAUAAUCCAGAAGUGUACGAGACUGCAUGCCUCGAAGUGGAGAUUGGAACCCUCACCAUCAACACCAUUUUAACCAGUUCGAUUAUUAAUGAGGCCGAGGGGACAGAUUUGGCUGAUGACUCUGUUCAGUAUGACAACAAUAAUGGCGCUGGCUCUUUUGCUGUGGAUUCUUUUUCAACACCAGCAUUGUUGAUCUUGAGAGCGAUGGUUAAGGAUUGGUGGGAUGAUGCAUUAAGUAACAACCAGAGUGCUGAUUCUGUGAUGAAUGCUUUAAUUCCUUGGGUGCAAAAGAAGGACUCAUAUUUGUACGAUCCGGCAUUGCAUUACCAUGUGCACAAUCUAAGUUCAAAAGCUUUGUUGCAAUUGGUUAAUGAGUUUAAAAAAAUGGGUUCUCAAGUAAUAUUUGCAAAUAGAACGAAAUUGCUUCUUCAAACGUCCAAGAUUUCCGUGGAGAACUCCUACGCUUAUGGCCAGUAUAUAAUCAAAGCUGCUAGAUCGAAACCACUUUUCAAUUUUCUUGAUUUGCGGAUUGUCAAAUACUGGGACUUGCUUAUAUGGAUGGAUGAGUUUAACUAUGGUGGACGUUGCUGCCCAGAGAUUAUUAGCGCAGACGAGCAAAACCUUACAGUUGAGAAUAAGUGGCUCUUGAAAAAGUAUUUGCCAGUUGUUUUCCAAGAUGAGUUUGAGGAUUGGAUUAUAAUCUUUUUAAAUGCAUUAUUGCAGUAUAAACAGAAAACAUUGAUGGGUACACAAUCUGGGGGAACACCAAGAAUUACUCAAAUUGCUCAUAUUCUCAAUGGUCAAAAGAAACUCCAAAACAAAGAACUUGAGCAUGAAGAAGUCGAUCUCACCAAUGGCGUUGCCGAGGAGUUUAGAAAACCAUUGCUUGUGAGAAUGGAAAAGUUGUAUCGCCGCCAAAUUGACGCGAUUCUCAAUCCUGAAUUUAAAAAGGAGUAUGAGUUUCCAAAACUUCCUGGCUCACAUAUAUCAUUGCGGAAUCCUGCGCUCGAGCUCGUUAAAUUUAUUUGCGCUGUACUUUCGCUAUCGAAAAAGAGAAAUAUCGAGAUAAGAGUGUUGAGGAAGGAAUUGCUCCAGAUAUUCGAUAUCAAGGAAUUUAGUGCUCAAGCAAACUUUAUAAAUCCAGCCACAUCAUUGGUUAUACCUCAUGUUAUUUGUGAUUAUUGUAACCAAGUACGUGAUAUCGAUAUAUGUCGUGAAGAAGAGGGCGGCGUGUGGAAUUGCACUUUUUGCCACAAGCCAUUCAACAAGGUUGGUUUGGAAGAAGAGAUUAUUGCACAGUUUACGCACUUGUUUGUUGAGUAUUAUGGUCAAGAUUUAAAAUGUGAAAAGUGCUCAACUAUAAGAAAGAACAAUUUGGAUUUGUUUUGCAAGUGUUCAGGGAACUGGGUUGAGACUAUCAAUGUUGCAGAUGUCGAUAAGCAAGUGCAUAUUUACAAUAAUGUUGCAAAUUUUUACAACUUGCAACUUUUGAAAGGAUGGAUAGAGGAAUGUUUAUAG